GUAAAAAACUAACUCGCUAAAAAAACGCUAACCAGAAAAAAUUAUUCAAACAUUUUAAACUCUGCCCUGGGAGUCAGAAGGUCUUCAUUUAGAAGAAUUAUGACGCCUCAUGAUGAAAGCCGAAUUCCUUCGGAAGUUACGAGGCCGAUGCCCCUUCUGACAACCAGAGCGACCAUUUAUUUAGGUACAUGGAAUGUUCGUACAAUGUGGGACACCGGAAGAGCCUUCCAAAUUACUGAAGAAAUGAGAAGAUACCACCUAGAGGUACUUGGGAUCAGUGAAACACAUUGGACACAAGUUGGACAACAACGACUAACUACAGGAGAGCUCCUGUUAUACUCCGGCCAUGAGGAAGAAAAUGCACCACAUACACAAGGAGUUGCAUUGAUGCUGUCCAAACAAGCGCGAAAUGCACUUAUAGGAUAGGAAUCGCAUGGACCAAGG